CCAUGGACUUGAAGUACGACAAGAGUCUGCGCGGUGCGGGAAAUAUUAAUUCUGUGACUGACGCCUGCGUUCGAGAACUUGAAUUUGGUUUUCUGCUUGAAUGCAAACCACGACUUCAUGGCGGUCGUAGCGCGCGAGCCGGGGUACUUCUGGCAGCAAAGUCCCUUCUAGUCGUGCACUGGCAUGAACGCGCAGGUAAAGUUUUCCAUUCGACAUAGUCGUAUGGGAAGAAUUUCUCGGGCGACAGCCUUUCUACAGGCAGUCAGAAUUGGACGCACGAAACCGGACAGUGAGUCACUCAAAAGACUAAUCUCUCGACAGCCGGGACUUGUGUUCGAAAAAGGAGGACAUCGAGUAUUCAGGAAGACAUGCAUCAGCGACAGCUUCUGGACGAAAAACCAUCUGGGACGGGUAAGUCCGGUGACAGCGAAGUCGAACGUAGGAUUCGGGGUUUGCCGAAGGGGGGCAAACACAGAGAAACACAAGUUCUUUGUCGAUUCAACGUCGAAUUGGAGCUUGCCAAUGGUAUGCCCAUUGCCCACAACGAUAGCGGGCUUCCAGGGUACCAUGCUUCGUCUUCUUCUCUAUGUAUCUAGCCGCAAAUUGCGUCAGAAGACCUAUGUGUAUGAGAAUGAGCAGCGUGUCGCUGAAGAGAAAAGUCAUUCGCGGGCUGUAUAGAGUCUUCUAACUUGAAGCAAAGGUGAGCGACUGCAUAGCCAGCGGGCGUGGCAUAUAGUGAGGUAAUCGAAGUCGCAGAACGUCUGUCCAUGAUAGAAGCGAGCGAAAUAUGUCUUGUGAGUGUUUGGUACUCUCCGCUGCAAUCGAAAGGGAUCGUCGAGGAGGGCGUCCAUAGGCGACCAGUGAGUCGAGUGUUCUGGACUUGUAUUGCCCUUGAGUUGUUCUACCCUCUUCGGAGGCGAGCAUUAUAAUCGAGCCGUCGACUUAGAAGGCGCCU